UGAACUGACUAAAACACUUCUUUCUAGCGCAAGUGUUACUGAGCUCAACCACCAAAGGCAAAAGUACAGGUUAAUCAAGAUGGAUUCAAGGAAUACUGGCGUUAAUACGAUGUCAAAUACAUUGCCAUAUAGCAAUGAAACAACACCAACCAAUGCUCAGCGAGCUGAGGAAGACGAACUAAUCAUUUUCCCUUUCUAUUCGUUUGAAAGACAAAUGCACGCGAUAAUAUGGCCAGUUUUAGUACUUGCUUUGCUGCUUGUAAAUGUACUGGUUAUAUCCGUACUUCUACGAAAGAAUAUGCGAAAUACCACCUACAUGAUAUUGGUAGCCAUAGCAAUAUCUGACACGCUUACUGGACUUCUCACACUGCCUGGUUACAUAAGCGUUUAUCAGAACAUAGAUAACUUCAUUUCGACCUCUGACUUUAUUGUGUUUCUUGAACACUAUCUAAUCUACUCGGGAUAUGAGUCAAAACCACCUGACAACCUGGCAUCAAACUAUUCCAAUGGUUUUGAACAGUCACUAAAGAAUCAAACGCAUUCCCCAAUGGCAAAUACAUCAGAGCACAAGCUAAGCGCCGCGGGACAAACCAUUCUCAACAGCUAUGCUACAUUUUUAAAGAGAAGCGAGUCGGAUGGUGUUUUAUUUCUGUACCAAGUUCAAUGCAGAGCAAUUAUGCUUUCCAAAUACUUUAUCCUAAGAGUUAUGCAUACAAUAUCAAUUUUUCUGACGGUAUUUCUUGCUAUUCAGAGGUAUAUUUCAGUUGCCUAUCCUCUUAAGGCGGAACGACUAUUUAAAAAGACAACAGUGCUAAUAGUAUGUGUGCUAAUUUUCAUUCUGUCUCCAAUUCUACAUAUACAUCAUAUUGUUGUAGAUAUGGCUGACGGAGGUGUGUGUGGAUGGAAAUUUUCAAAGGACUCUGUUGGAGAUGGUGUGUACAUUUGGUCUUUAUUUUUCUUUCGCCAUUUUGUGCCUUGUGUCCUUCUCAUAACCCUAACAGGACUCUUUGUAAAGAACCUUAAAGUGAAUGAGAGAAAAUCUGGGCGCAUCGAAAAAUGCAAUAGAACUCCUUCGAGGUCAAUCAAGAGCACACCUGAACGAAGGCGUAUAACCGUUAUAGUGGUAGCCGUCGUUGUAGUUUUUCUCAUACCAGAAAUACCUUAUGGAAUCUAUCUUUUCCUAGAGUCACUGUCGUUUCAUUUUGAUAACAUAGAAUUGGUUGGAAAUCUGAAAACGAAAAGAUAUAUUCAUUAUUGUUACGAGUUUCUCCUUUUAGUUUCCUUCCACGCGAAUUUCUAUAUCUUCUGUCUCCUGAACAAGUGUUUUAGAAAGAAUCUUAAAGAAAUUUUCAAAUCCCUAACGCACGUCUUUGGGAACCUUUUCGAGAAAAACGAAGAAAAGUAAGCAUUGAACUGACUUCAUCUGGAAGAUGUAUGAAAGUUUCAACAAGUGGUGUUACGCAAUCUGCCAUUGAAGUCGAAAUCGGACAGUUCGAACGGCCCGGAGGAAAUUGCUAACUUCCCGUUCUGCGUCUUCCUUACAUGUAUAUUAGGUUACUUUAGACAUAUAACAGGAGAAUGUAUUAAUUUCAAUUAUUACAUUUGCUUGCAAUGGUAGUAAAUAGCUGGUAGUAUAUAUUGUGUUAGUAAAGACGUGUCUUUACUUUUACAUCUCUCAAUGUUUACUCAGAUCAUAUAUACAACAUGUCAUGUUAUGUUUGCAAAUUAACGACUUUAUAGACAAACUUACAUAGUAUUUAAGGUGUGCAAAAUCGUCUAUGUUGCGAAGAACAAAUUUAAGUGCUGUCAUAGUUUCCUUCUCAAAAUUAAGAAGAUAUUUAACAUGACAGAGUAACAGAUUAUUGUCGGUUCCACUUUAUACUAUUCUUCUGUGUAAGUUCGUUAAAAUGAAAUAAACAUAGGUGAUGUUUUAUUAUUAGCAUAUUCUAGACAAUUUACUAUUCAAAAUUAAAACUGUAUAGUGUGUAGAUGAUACUGUGUAUUGUAAGUAAAUGUAUAUUCGUAAAAUUUAUAAAUAUAUUGUGCACUUCUUAAUAAAGGAAAUACAA